AGCUCUCCGACGGCCCUGAGGCGAGGCCGCUUCCGUGACCAGGCCCUUCCCCUCGGCCCCAGCGGCUCCCUCGCCGCGAAGUUCCUGCUCCUCGCCACGCAGCCGGGAUGCGGCGGGGCCGGCGGGCGCGGGCGGCCCGGGGCGGAGGGCCGCUGCUGGCGGCGCUGGCUCUGCUGGCGGGCCUGGGGGCGCUGGGCUUGCUGUUGCUGUGGCAACGGGGCCCGCCGGACGCCUCGGAGCCCGAGCCGGGCCAGGCCGCCGCCGCCGCGGGAGGAGCUCCGCCUUCGCCGCCCGCCGACCUGGCCCGGCGGCGGCUGCGGCGGCCUGUGUACGAGAAGCCGCCGCUGGGCAGCGAGACGGAGCUGGGCGAGCUGGGCCGGCCGGCGCGGCUGGAGCUGAGCGAGGCCGAGCGAAGCGGCCAGGAGGAGAGCGUCCGCAGGCACCAGAUCAACAUCUACCUCAGCGACCGCAUCUCGCUGCACCGCCGCCUGCCCCUGCGCCGCCACCCGCUAUGCAGAGAGAAGAAAUAUGAUUAUUAUAACCUGCCAAAGACUUCUGUUAUAAUCGCUUUUUAUAAUGAGGCUUGGUCCACACUUCUGAGAACAGUCCACAGUGUUCUUGAGACAUCUCCUGACAUCCUUCUGGAAGAAGUCAUUCUUGUGGAUGAUUAUAGUGAUAAAGAACACUUAAAGGAGACAUUGGAAAACUACGUGGCUAAUUUACGCAAGGUUCGGCUUAUCCGCGCCAAUAAGAGAGAAGGCCUGGUUCGAGCAAGGCUGCUGGGAGCCUCUAUAGCAAAAGGGGAUGUUCUGACUUUCCUUGAUUGCCACUGCGAAUGCCACGAAGAAUGGCUUGAACCAUUACUGGAAAGGAUUAAAGAAGAGCCGUCAGCAGUUGUCUGCCCUGUGAUCGAUGUGAUCGACUGGAACACAUUUGAAUACCUGGGAAAUGCCGGGGAGCCGCAGAUUGGUGGCUUUGAUUGGAGAUUGGUCUUCACUUGGCAUGUCGUCCCGGACAGAGAGCAAAAACGGAGAAGAUCCAAGACUGAUGUCAUUCGGUCUCCAACUAUGGCUGGUGGGCUGUUUGCAGUUAACAAGAAUUACUUUAGCUAUCUGGGCUCUUAUGACACAGGAAUGGAAGUCUGGGGAGGAGAAAACAUUGAAUUUUCUUUCCGGAUCUGGCAGUGUGGAGGAAGCCUUGAGAUCCACCCUUGUUCCCAUGUCGGCCACGUUUUCCCAAAGCAAGCUCCCUAUUCUCGGGCAAAGGCUUUGGCGAACAGUGUUCGUGCUGCAGAAGUGUGGAUGGAUGAAUACAAAGACCUUUAUUACCAUAGAAAUCCACAUGCUCGCAUGGAGCCCUACGGAGAUGUGACGGAAAGAAGAGUGCUCCGGCAAAAUCUAAAAUGCAAGGAUUUCAAGUGGUUCUUGGAGAAUAUUUACCCAGAACUUCAUGUGCCAGAGGACAGGCCUGGCUUCUUUGGAAUGCUGAAGAACAGAGGGAUGGUAAAUUAUUGCUUUGAUUACAACCCUCCCAACGAUCAUGAAGUAACAGGACACAGAGUCAUACUAUACCCUUGUCAUGGCAUGGGACAAAAUCAGUUUUUUGAGUACACGUCCCACAACGAAAUCCGUUACAAUACACGGCAUCCCGAAGCCUGCGCAGCUGUUGAUCCAGGAACUGAUUAUAUGACAAUGUACCUGUGUGAGAACAAUAUCCAGAACAUUCCUGAAAACCAGAAAUUUGUUCUACGAGAGGAUGGAAGUUUAAUCCAUAUGCAGACACAGAAGUGCCUCCAAGCGGAAGCCAAUGCUCAUAAUGGCAACCCAGCACCUUUAUUACGACCAUGUACCAAUUCAGAAUACCAGAAAUGGUUUUUCAAAGAAAGAAGCUGAUCCCGAAAUGCCAAGAUCGCCUUUGGAAUUCAAACAAGAAAAUAUACAUCUAUUUUUAUAUGUAGAGUUGUACUUUUUUCCUUUUUACCUUUUCUAGGAGAGUAGCAAACACUGAAGUUUAUAUUUAAUGGGCCCAGAUUACUCUUCAUCAGAAAUCUGUGCACUCACGUUCUCCAUGUUGGGCAGCUAUAUGACUCCCCCCCACCCCCAAUAAAACCCUAUCCUUUUUUCCCCCAAGAGGUAAUGUAUUUUUAUAAAUUUAAGUAUGGUCAUGAAAUGCAAGUGGUCACGCGGACAUCACUUGACAAUAGCUUAAGGAUUUUUUUUUAACUAACACGUCCAACAGCAGUGCCUUUUAAGACAUGUUAAAUAAAAAUAGAUUAGGCCAAAUUUGUGUGAACUGUGUGACUACAGCAUGGCAUUCAUGUAGAUUUUCUUUUCUUUGUAUCUGACAAAUUGGACUAUAGUUGAUUUGAACAAACACCUGAGGACAGAAACUAUAUGUUGUCUUGUGUCUCACCAGCAUGCACAGAGCAAGCUCACAGAAGAGACCAUUGCUGCUUCUCCCCUUUCCGGUGCAUCUCUCUGAAAAGUCACUCCUGAGGAUCAGAAACAAAGGUUAAGGGAACAAAGAAUUUGGUCCAGUUUAAAGUAAUGCAUUCUAAAAUACCUUUAAACCAUUCAUAGAAUAGUUGUGGGUUUUUAAAAGAACUGUUUGAUGAUGUCUGGCACAACUACCUCAGAAUGUAAAUAUACUUGAAAUGAACAGUCUCCACUUGAGUCCACCCCCAGCCCCCUGAGACUCCUCCCAGCUGUGGCUGCCCACCUCUGCCUAGCCCCCCCUCCCACCUCCCCAUUUCCUCUGCCUGAAGCAGGUAAUGCUGCUUCCCUUCUCCGCAAGCCAUGUUGUUUUAACAGAGCCUCCCUAGCUCUUGUUAGAAUCUUGUGAGAAUUUGGAAAGUCCUGUUGGGGGUGUACAGUUGCCUGAUGAAGGAGCAUAAUCAGCUCUCGUUCCAGGACGGGGGCAAGGGGAGAGAAGACAAAGGCUACCAAUGCUCAAAAGCGGCCUCCUGAAUUCCUCAGCUCAUCAUAGAGCAGGCCUGGUUAAAGACCAGUUUCAUGGUUCUCUUAUUAUAAUGUUCCUUUGUAAUGGGAGCACUUUCAGUUGGAAUGGGUAGUGACCCUGUGCCCUGCCAGAAUGUAACUGUUAAAUUCCAUGUAUACUAGAUGAUGCCUGCAUACUAACAUGAGGCUUAGGCUACAAGAAGAUAACUUAUUGUGUACUGACAAUAACAUUGUAAGACUAGCCUCGGAAAGAUAUGCAAACUCUUUUGCACUCCGCAUUUCUGCAGAGGAUUUUCAGUGUCUUGGGUCAUUCAUUUACUGCAUUCAUUUUUGAGGCCCCUUCACUUAGCGAUAAGAAACUGGCCAGCCAUGUAGUGCCAAUGCAUGAGAGAAAUGAAGAAAGUGUGAUACUAAUGUAAGAAAUACUCCACAACAUUGUACUUUCCUCCAUUUGUUUCCCACACUUAAGCACAAACAGUCCAGAAGUAUUGCAAACGUUUCAUACAGCAGCUAUCUUCUACAAAAGCAAAUCUCAUUAACUUCAGUAUAAUUUGUGUGCAUGUGUUGACAAAUACAGCUUAAAGUUUGUUAGAGAUCAUUCUUCAUCCUGCUUUGUCAGCCAUCUCUUAGGGAUUCAGAAAAUGGCUGAAGGAUCUGUAUUGUUGGUUUCCUACCGAUCAGGUUCCGUCAUCCGCCACCUGUCUGUGCUGCAGUUGCACAUGGCAUCAGUGCCACAGAGUAGCUUGGAGCAGUGUCACCGUGGGGUUGUCUGGUGCUGCGUUGUUCCUGGAAAACCAGGAACAUAGUCUUCUGUCAUGCAACUGCUCUUCUUGCAUUUGACUUGGAGAAAAACUUCAUUGCCAGUGGAAGGCUACUGCAGACAUAUCCCUAUGCUCUCUCUCAGUAUUAUUUGUAAACUAGCAGGACUACAUGAUCUUUACCUGCAGUUUGUUCCAUCCCUGGAGCAAAGCUUUCCCUUCUCCUUAAACAUUGGUAAGUGAUUCUUUGGCACUGUUGACUACAGUUAAAGCUACGCAGGGUAUUCCUUCAGCUAGGAUCAGAAGCCAUUGUUUGAUACUUGUUUCAGAUCCUGGACUAAAGGAGACCCUGAUUAGCCUUAGCAGAACUUAGUAGUGGUGUCAACAAAUUUGUUGUUGAUGCAAUUCCGGUGUCCUUGAGGUUAGCUCUUGAUUUGCUAGCUGUGUCCCUCUGUCUUCCUUCGGUAGAAUAGGCGCACACGCUAAGCUUGGACAACCACAUGGAAAAGUUGUAUGUAAAGCAAUGUAGGAAACGGGGAAAUGGUUAGAAAACAGAUUUGCCCAUUGGCAGUGCUUUUGCAAUACCAAGAAUUCGUAUCCGCUUUUGUUAUGUUUGAAAUGAGGGAAGAGGUCUCAUUCACAAUGUCCAAUUGACUGGUGUAUCAGCGAAAAAACUUGCACUACAAAAUUACAGAAUGGUCAGAGACUGUUUCUUCCCAAGUGCCUUAUCACUUAAGCUUUCCUAUUCUGUUUGGUAUUCUUGGGAGGGCUUUUUGAUCAUAGACUUUGUAAUUCCUGAUGUUAUCCAUGUGACUCUUAAAUUUGUUUCAGGAGCAUGAUUAAUGUUCAGUCUUUUCUAUAAAUAUUACUAUAAUUUUGGGAAGAUCGUACCUUGUAAUGUUUAGAUAUGCUCAUUCUUCCCAAAUUGCUGACAAUCAUGUAGGUAGAAAGAUUUAUAAGAAUCUUCAGAGUUCUGAGUUGGAUUAAUGCAACUGACAGAAAAACCAAUAAAAUAUUUUGUUGAUUUGUAA